CUCUUUGUGGCUGAAUGCCCGUUUGUUAGCUCUCUCUCUCUCAAACUCUGAAAUAGAGGAAGCAGAGAUACCAGAGAGAUUUAAUGUCCACCCACCACAUGUGAACUGCUCUCUAUUCUCACCCCCUAUCCCUCUCUCUUUCUUCUGGGAUACUAAACCUUCAUGUCUCUUAAAACUUUCUUUUUCCCAAUGUGCCUCAGAACCAUUUGCCCUCUCUCAUUUUACUGUUUGAUGUUUGUCUGAAAAAGUCCCAAAAUAAAGAACAGAGAAAAAAUUCCAGCAUAUAUUCAUCUUCUCAGUGUAGCUGUUCCUGUUUCUCCUUCUCUCACAUCUCUCAGAAACCAACCCAUCUUCUCAUUCCAUUGUUGUUGUUAGUCUUCUGGGUGUUCUGUUUUGAGCAUAAAAAAUGAGUAAAGAGGAGUACUUGAAGAGUCAGACUUGGGUUCUAAAAGUGAACAUACAUUGUGAUGGGUGUAAGCAUAAAGUGAAGAAAACCUUGCAGAAAAUUGAUGGGGUUUAUACCAUCAAAAUAGAUUCAGAACAGGGCAAGGUCACAGUGUUAGGAAAUGUAGACCCAGCCACACUGAUCAAGAAGCUGGGGAAGAGUGGGAAACAUGCAGAGCUUUGGGGGGCACCAAAGAGCCAGAACCAGAACCAGCUUAAUAACCAGUUCAAGAACAUGCAAAAUGACCAUGGCAAAGGUGGGAACAACAAGGGUCAAGGUCAGAAGGGUGGGAAUAAUCAGCCUAAAGGUGGACAACAAGGUCAAAAUCAACAGCAACUUCAACAAUUGAAAGGGUUUCAAGAUCUGAAAUUGCCUCAAUUCCAAGGCUUGAAUAUGCCUUUCAACAAGAAGGACCAGAACCAGAAGGGUUCUAAGUUCAACUUGCCUGAGGAUGAUGGUGAGAGUGAUGAUGAUGAUGAUGAGUUUGAUGAGGAUGAUGAGUUUGAUGAUGAUGAUGAUGAANGAACCAGAAGGGUUCUAAGUUCAACUUGCCUGAGGAUGAUGAUGAAACCCACAAUGAGCAAGGGUCAUGGAGGUGCUCAGAUGCCUAAUAUGAUGAUGAAUGGGCAGCUUCUGCAGCUUAUAAAGGGUGGUAACGGUGGUGGUGAUGGUAAAAAAGGUGGUGGUGGAGGAAAUAUACCGGUUCAAGUAAAUAUGGGAGGUGGNGUUCAAGUAAAUAUGGGAGGUAACAAUGAUGGAAAUAAUGGUGGCAAAAAUGGAAAGAAAGGUGAUGGUAAUGGAAACAACAAUGGGGGUAAUCAAAAUCAAGGCGGUGGUGCAGCCAAAAAUGGUGGUGGGCCACCAUCAGAUAGAAAAAAUGGUGGUGGUGGUGGGGGUCAUAACAAGAAUGGUAACAAUGGUAAUGGUGGUGGCGCUAAUGUUGGCAAUAAUAAUGGUAACGGGGGCAAGAAAGGGGGUGGAAUGAAUGAUGGGCUUCAUGGCAUGCCUAACAUGAUGGCUAUGAGUGCUGGGGGUCAGGUGGGCCAGUUGGGAAACAUGCCCAUGGCCCAAAUAGGCCAGAUGGGUAAUAUCCCGGCAGUCCAAGGUCUUCCGGCGCCUGCACCGAUGAAUGGUGGUGCUGGUGGGUAUUUCCAAGGGGCUACGCCGGAAAUGAUGGCUGGUAACCCCUACUACCAGCAACAAAUGGCGGCGAUGAUGAUGAACCAGCAACGUGCAAACGGGAACGAAAGGUUUCAGCCUAUGAUGUAUGCCCGCCCACCACCGGCCGUUAAUUACAUGCCCCCUUACCCAUAUCCAUACCCUCCACCACCAGACCAAUACAGCUCCUUCUUCAGUGAUGAAAACACUUCAAGCUGCAGUGUAAUGUGA